UUAUCGUAACAAGAUGAGCGUCCGGUUCCUCCAGAAAGGUGAUCCGCGGCCGGCGCCACUGCAGGCGGGCAAGGUGCGGCUCUACUCGAUGCUGUUCUGCCCGUACGCCCAGCGGCCGCGGCUCGUGCUGGCCGCCAAGAGCAUCUCCUACGACGAGGUGGACAUCAACCUGCAGAACAAGCCCGAGUGGUACUCGUCUGUGCACCCAGAGGCCAAGGUGCCCGCCCUGGAGGUCGGCAGGGGCAGGGUAGUCAUCGAGUCGCUCGACAUCGCGGAGUACCUAGACUCCAAGUUUCCGGAGCCCCCCUUGUGGCCAGCCAACCCGGAAACUAAGGCACGCCACAAGCUGUUGCUCGACCAGUUCGAAAAGGUCUACAUGCCUUACGUGCAGUGCAUGAGAGCCACCGAGCCCCAGACAGUGAUGGAGGUGGUGCCCACUGUAGCGGCUGCCAUGCGGCCCUUCGAGGACGAACUCGUCGAGAACGGACACAAGUUCUUCGGAGGGCACCUCCCUGGCAUGCUGGACUACAUGAUAUGGCCGUGGGCAGAGCGCUGCGAAGCCAUACGGACCAUGUACCCGCAGCUCAAAUUCCCCACAGAGGAGUUUCCACGACUGCUGGCUUGGGGAGCGGCCAUGAAGGAAGACCCUGCGGUGCGGGCGUCCAUCAUGAAGCCGGAACGACACGCCGACUUCAUCAGGAAGUUCGCCGAGGGCACCCUCGACUACAGUGACCUGUAGCCGCCACAGCCAGCCCGGCCACAGGGCGACACGUAGCAAACACAACUACCUUUCCCAUGAGCAUUACUACACAAAGCUGUUGUCAGAUACAUUCACACUUUAUGGGUGCAUAUGGAGUGUAGCUACUUUAAUUGUAUUUAGAUUUAGUUUCCUAGUUGUUUACACAAUAAAAACACCAGUAUGA